UCUCCUAACAUGUGGACAGAGUAAGCAGAAUCUCUGUUGGUGGAACUCCUCCAAUGGUAGCGUUUUCUCCUUCUCUACUUUUGUUGUUGCAUUCACUAAGAGCUCACAACCAACUGGCUAUGAAUUGCUUUUGUCAUCUCACCUUCAAAAGAUCUGCCUGGAGCCAUGCAUAAACAAUUUUUCGGUUUGUUCAAUAUCACCAACAUUAACAAUCCAGACAAUCAUGUUGUUGCCAUCGAGCUGGACACAAUCCGGAACCCCGAAUUCAGUGAUAUCAACGACAAACAUAUUGGAAUCGAUUUUAAUGGAUUAAUCUCCAGCUUAUCUGCUCCAGUAGCAUAUUUUUUGGAACCUUCUGAAGAUGGCUUGCAUCGUCUAUUUGAACAAUUCUGAUUAUGAUGACAAAACCCAUCUUCCGGCCAUCGUCUCCAGCAUCUUAUGAAGGUUCUCCAUCAUCAAGUUAGUGCUUGUGCUAGCUUUCUCGAUUCUAGCAAGCUCUCUUUGACUGUGUGUGUACUGGGAUUCUUCUUGAACUCUACGAGAGCUUUAUGAAAGACGAAGAGCAGAGCCCCUAGCAAAGUCACAGUUGGCCAUUGAUAGAAUAUUGUUGAUGCCAUUUAUUUCCGCCUAGUAGGAGGUAGAGGAGCUAUUGCGUCCGCAAAGAAGAAUUCUGCUUGAAAACGGAGGAGUUGGGGUUGCUGGAGAGGAACGGAAACAGAAACUAGGGCAUAAAUGGCAUAAAUGGGGUGUUUGAAAGGAGAUGGAGUGGAUUUAAAGUUUUAGACAAUUUGUUAAAUAAGGUAUUUUAAGAAUUUUAAGAAAGUAAUCAAUAACGUGAUGUUACAUGUGGGCCCAUCUUGUCUGUCAGGCGAAGAAUUUCAAGAGUUGCAUUUAGUCGUUGUUGACAGCGUGUCAGCGUCUUCGUAAUUUUGAGACAAAUAAAACUGUCAGUUACAAUUCCGCCUCGUUUGGACUUGGACAUUCCACCACCCUUGGCCUUGGGCCCUUGGCACCUGGCUUUUCACUCGCAGAAAAUCCCUUCUAGCUUUCGUCGGUUUUUCUUUUCUUCUCUGAAAAUGCAAAGGGAAUUUGAAUAACUGUUCACAAAGUAGUGAAUCAAGAUUCAUAUCUCCUUUCCGUUCUUCUCUCUUCAUUCCGUUGAAAAAGGAAGGUUGGAGAAGCACAGUCUCAGUCAUGGCUUCUAAUGUGUUAGUUGAAGCUGACAACGGCAGAGGUGGAGCAGAAGAAGCUAGCUUAUAUGGCUUUGAAGAAAUUAGGGUUUCGCAUCGGUUUGAUAGCAAUGCAUGGUUGAGUUCCUUCCAAAGCAGAUUACAUUCGUCAAGACCAAGGAGCAGACAGAGCUUGCCAAGAAAUCCUACUGCCUUUCCAGGUUUCGAUUUCGGACCAGGCUAUAGGUCCUGCCAUGGAAAAUUCUCUAACUUUCAAAGAUCCGGCUCUUUUCAGUCUCUCUUCAGUUCCUUCGAUUUUAGUGAAUGGUGGAAGCGGAAGCCAUGGACUAGUUGGAAUGUUAUAGGCUUUUUCUCGAGACAGGAGCAACAUCAGCAGCUGCAGCUGCACCAAAUAGUGAAGGGGAAGGCUGGGGGAGUGUGGUAUUGGAAGCGAAUGAGGAUUCUUGUUGUUAUAACUGCACUGGUGGGGUGUGUUUGCCUGAUGAACUGGUUGUUGCUUUCGCGUCUUCAACAUACAGUUAUCAGUCCCAGAGAUGGGUUCGUAAAUAGAAAUUCAUCCUCUGUUCGUGUAAAAUGGAACAAGUUUGGUAAAGGCAAGAGGACACAUGGAAUUAGAUAUGCUAGAAUGAUGGCCUUGGCUGCCCAUGCUUUAGUAGAGGGAGAGGACAAACCUGAGCCUAAUGAUUUAUGGGAAGAACCACAACUUGCCAAUUUCUCUUGGAUACCUUGUGCUCAUCAACGCAACCGGGAGCCUUCUGAGGGGAAUAACGGAUACAUUCUUGUCAGUGCAAAUGGUGGAAUUAACCAGCAGCGAAUAGCUGUAUGUAAUGCUGUUGCAGUUGCCCGGUUACUUAAUUCGACUCUUGUCCUUCCAAAUUUUUUGCAGAGUGGCGUUUGGAGAGAUAAGAGCCAAUUUGGCGAUAUCUAUCAGGAGAAGCAUUUUAUCAACUACUUGAAGCCUGAUAUUCGGAUUGUGAAGAAACUACCUGUGGAACUACGAUCAUUGGAUUUGGAGGCAAUUGGUAGCCUUGUGACAGAUGAUGACAUAAUGAAAGAAGCCAAACCAGUUUUUUUCUUGGAAAACAUUCUUCCAAUACUACACCAGAAUGGAGUUGUCCAUCUUUUUGGGUUUGGGCAUCGUUUGGCAUUUGACCCAAUACCAUUUCAGUUGCAGAGACUUCGAUGCAGAUGCAACUUUCAUGCACUCCAAUUUAUCCCCAAAAUUCAACAAACUGGUGCUUUGCUUAUUCAGAGGAUACGUCAGUAUAUACCUAGUCAAGGUUCAUUGGAUACAAAUCUGGUUGGUCCAUUUGUGGAGGAACCAAAUCUGAAAGGGCAAAUGGAUUUUUCUGUAAAAAAUUCCAGAUAUUUAGCUCUACACAUGAGAUUCGAAAUUGACAUGGUAGCUCAUUCUUUAUGUGAUUUUGGUGGUGGUGAAAAAGAGAAAAAAGAGUUGGAAGCAUUUCGCAAGAACCAUUUCCCAGCACUGGCACAUCGUGAAAAGACCCACAAGCUACCUUCUGCUGCAGCCCUCCGUUCAGAGGGCCAGUGUCCACUAACACCUGAAGAGGCAGUACUUAUGUUUGCUGCUCUUGGUUUCAGUCGGAAGACACGUAUAUAUGUAGCAGGAGCACAAAUUUAUGGCGGGAAGUCCAGUCUGGCUGCCUUGACUGUCUUAUAUCCCAAUUUGGUUACUAAAGAAGAUUUGCUUUCAUCAUCUGAAAUUGAACCAUUUAAGAACUUCUCAUCACAGUUAGCAGCACUGGACUUCAUAGCUUGUGCGGCAGCUGAUGCAUUUUCCAUGACGGACUCUGGGAGUCAACUUUCAUCAUUGGUUUCAGGCUAUCGGAUAUACUUUGGUGAUGGGAGAAUGCCAACAAUAAGGCCAAACAAGCGCCGGCUUGCUAAUAUAUUCCUGAAGAACUCUACAAUUGAAUGGAAGAUGUUCGAGAAAAGAGUAAGAAAAGCAGUCAAGCAAACCAAGCAGGCUCACGAGAGACCUGUUGCAAGGAGCGUUUACAGACAUCCUCGCUGCAAGGAGUGUAUGUGCACUAGAGAUUAGUUUGCAGGAUUUAGCAGGAAAUUGGGUCUGCGUUAAUUAAAUUUUUGUAACAUUCAUUUUGUUUCAUUAUUAAGGCUGCGUUUGGAAACGAUGCAAAUAUGUAGAGUG